AUGGCUCCCCCGUUAGAAACAGACUUCCGCGACAUGGCCAUGGAUGCGCUUAAGAAUCUUGUCAGCAAUGUCCCAGACUGGCUACAGCGACUCGACGACCUCAGCGGCCAGAUCGACCGACGUCAGGCCGAAUUCGCUGCUGUUGCUGCCACAGAGGGCAAGAGUGCGGAGACGAAGUCGCUUCGCAACAAAGGCUCAACCGAGUCCCUCAAGCCUAAAGAUGAUCCUCCAGUAGUUCACGCCGAGGCUCCAGCGAAUGAGGACAUCCUCGAAGAUGGCGCAGGUCACAGCACAGCACAGACACCAGUCAAGACUGAGACACAUAAGGUGCAUACCCCAAGCCCUGGCUCCAUUCGCCAGCAACAAGAGAUUAUCAAAGCCGCACAAGCUAGAGCACGAGCUCAGGUCAGGAAGAAACCCAAGUCGCCAUCUAUGAUAUCUAACGACGCUCCUGCCGCUUAUCGAACACGGAGCAUGAUCAUUGUCUACUAUGAUACCUAUGUUCAGAGCUUCUUUGACGAUCUUGUGAGGUUCGUCUCGUCAAGUCGAAACCUGAUGCGCAAAGCCAAGAUGGCCGCAAGAGUUGCCCUGAUCAAGAAGCUUGCAGACAGCAGGCGAUUCGGUCCUAUGUCAAUAUCCCGACCCGGUGCCGGCGACCAACCACCAGAUGUAUACGAUAAGCUGGAUAAGGGCCUCGAGUUCGUGCAGAGCAUGUGUGAGCAUGGUGCUCAUCAGUUACUUCGCGAUGGCGACUGCAACGACGAGAUCAGUAAGGUACAGAAACGACUGACGGAGGUCCUCGAGAUGGCCAAGACGGAGAUGGAACGCGUGGAGCGCGAAGAGCCAGAAUCAGCAAAGAGAACAGACGAGAUAGGCAAAGUCCGGGCACGGCGACCCAUCAGCAUGCGCCGCGACAUGGCCGUCGGCCUCAAAGAAAGCAGCCCGACACCCACUAAGGAGGAGAACAAGUUGGAGCCCGCAAAGCUCGAAGCUGCCGAACCUAUUAUCCCAGCAGAUCCCAUGGCACCUAUGGCGGUGGAUCCAAAUAUCAUGGAAGCGGAUGAGGGUAUCGACGUGGAAAUGGAACUUCCCAAACUGCAAUAUCGAUCAACACGGGCGAUGCGUAGUCGUGGACCAUAG